GUUAGUCAUUCUGGCAAUUGUCAUAGAGAAACAAAAAGUCAUCUUGGUUUGUGCUGGUUUUGUGUUGGUCAUUGGAGAAUAUAUCGUUUGUCUGGAUUGAAAUAUUAUUUGGUUUUUAUUUCCUAAAGUAAACGAAAAGAAAAUAAAGCUUAAAAAUGUCGAUUAUGGCUUAUAAUGGUGGUUGUCUCGUCGCUAUGCGCGGGAAGAACUGUGUGGCUAUUGCAACUGAUCAUCGUUUUGGCAUACAGGCUCAAACCAUUAGUACUGACUUUGAAAAAGUAUUUCACGUAAAUCCACGCACAUUCCUCGGACUUGUUGGUUUGCAAACGGAUAUACUUACUGUUCAUGAUCGUAUUAUGUUCCGCAAAAAGUUGUAUGAGGACAGAGAAAACCGGGAAAUGGCACCGGAACCAUUUUCCGCAAUGAUAUCGAAUUUCUUAUACGAGCAUCGAUUUGGUCCAUAUUUUAUCGAACCAGUGAUUGCCGGUCUACAUCCGAAAACUUUGGAGCCUUUCAUAUGUAAUAUGGAUCUUAUUGGUUGUCCAAAUAAGCCGGAUGAUUUCGUGGUUGCAGGAACUUGUUCGGAACAACUUUACGGUAUGUGUGAAACCUUGUGGAAGGAAGACUUGGAACCGGCAGAAUUGGCAGAGGUGAUAUCUCAAGCUAUUGUUAGUGCAUUCGAUCGUGACGCUAUUAGCGGUUGGGGUGCGUCUGUAUAUAUCAUUGAAAAAGAUAAGAUAACUAAAAAACAAAUUAAAACACGUAUGGAUUAGAAGGGUUAAAUUUAUUUG